UCCAACAUGGCGGCCCUGUCGCCUGUGCUGGUGCUGACAUAUUUCUCCUACUUUCAUUCUGCAGUUUUAAGCUUCCCCCUCGAUCAGCAGUCCCACGACACCUCCUCCUGCGGAUACAAGUCAUGCCACGCGACAGUGCCCAACAUGCUCAAUGUCCACCUGGUGCCACACACCCACGAUGACGUGGGCUGGCUGAAGACUGUUGACCAGUACUUCUAUGGAGGUCGUAAUGACAUCCAGCAUGCGGGGGUCCAGUACAUCCUGGACUCUGUGGUGGGGCAGCUGCUGCAGAACCCUGAGCGCCGCUUCAUCUACGUGGAGACGGCCUUCUUCUACCGCUGGUGGAAGAACCAGCCGCCCAGCAUGCAGAAGGCAGUCAGACAGCUUGUUGACCAAGGCCGGCUGGAGUUUGUGAACGGCGGGUGGUGUAUGAGUGAUGAGGCCACCACCCACUACAGCGCCGUCAUCGACCAGAUGACCCUCGGCCUGCGCUUCCUCAAUGACACCUUCGGGCCGUGUGGACGCCCCCGCGUAGCCUGGCACAUCGACCCCUUCGGACACGCCCGCGAGCACGCCUCCAUGUUCGCUCAGAUGGGCUACGAUGGCUUCUUCUUGGGUCGGCUGGACUACCAGGACCGGACCAACCGGAUCAGGACCCUGGAGCAGGAGCUGCUGUGGAGGGCCUCUGAGAGCCUCGAGCCUCCGUAUGCAGACCUCUUCACUGGUAUCUUACCCAACGGCUACAACCCACCGAAGGGCUUCUGCUGGGACCAGUCCUGUGACGACGCCCCCAUCAUGGACGACCCAGACCUGGAGGACUACAACGUCGACGACGUCGUAGAACGCUUCGCGGCGGCAGCCAACAGUCAGGCCAUGGCGUACAAGACCAAGCACAUCAUCAUGACCAUGGGCUCGGACUUCCAGUACGAGAACGCCAACCUGUGGUACAAGAACCUGGACAAGCUGAUCCGCUACGUCAACGCGCGGCAGGCCAACGGCAGCCAGAUCAACGUGCUCUACUCCACCCCCUCCUGCUACCUGCAGGAACUGCACCGCGCCAACCUCACCUGGACGCUGAAGACAGACGACUUCUUCCCAUACGCUGACGACGCCCACAACUUCUGGACGGGGUACUUCACCAGCCGCCCCGCCCUCAAGCGCUACGAGAGGGUCAGCAACGGCCGUCUGCAGACUUGUAACCAGCUGGAGGUGCUCGGGGGGCCGUCCUCCAGGAAGGGGCCCUUCGGGGCCGGAGACAGCGAGACCCUGAGAGAGGCGAUGGCAGUGGCCCAGCAUCACGACGCUGUGUCUGGGACAGAGAAGCAGCAUGUUGCCAACGACUAUGCCAGGAGGCUCGCCAAUGGCUGGCAGCACUGUCAGGUGGUGGUCAGUAACUCUCUGGCUGCACUCAGCGGAUCGUCUGCGGGUCGUAUUUACUGUGACAACCUCAACGUCAGCGCUUGUCCUCUCACUGAGGCCAGCAAGAAGUUCUCUGUGAAUGUCUACAACUCCCUCGCUCGCCCAGUGGUGUGGCCGGUCAGACUUCCAGUCAACGCCUCGGCGUACACCGUGUUGGACGCCACCGGUGCACCGGUAGACUGCCAGGUGGUCCCCAUGUCCAAAGCCACCCAGCAGGUGAGGAAGGAUCGGGGGUAUGCGGUCAACGAGCUGGUGUUCCAGGCCCAGGCCCCUCCGCUGGGCUACAGCACCUACUCCGUGUCCGUGCUUCAGAAUGGGCCUCCUUCGGUCUCCGCGAAGUCUGGGCCUCCAGCAGCCAUCCAAAACAAGUUUGUGCGAGCAACCUUUGACCCUGCCACAGGCCUACUGGACAGCCUCACCAACCUGGAGACCCAGCAGACCAUAAAGCUGACCCAGAACUUCUACUGGUACAACGCCAGUGAUGGUAAAAGCUCCAUCAGCCACCAGGCCUCUGGCGCCUACAUCUUCAGACCAAACUCCUCCUCGCCCGUCAUUAUAAGCUGCACGGCUGAGACUGAGAGCAUCCAGACACCGGAGCUUCAGGAGGUGAGGCAGCAGUUCGGACCAUGGGUAUCCCAGGUGAUCCGUCUCCAUAGCAACAGCAAGGCCCUGGAAAUGGAAUGGACAGUUGGACCCGUGCCCAUAGCGGACGGCCUGGGGAAGGAGGUGAUCACCCGUCUGGACAGCAGCAUCGCCUCCUCUGGGGUCUUCUACACGGACUCCAACGGCCGAGAGGUCCUCAAGAGGAAGAAGGACUUCCGGCCCACUUGGGACCUGAGGCAGACGGAGCCGGUGGCUGGGAACUACUACCCCAUCAACUCCAGGGCCUACAUCAAGGAUGAUAAAGACCAGCUGACUGUAGUGACAGACCGCUCUCAGGGUGGAAGCAGUAUCCACGAUGGAUCUCUGGAGAUCAUGCUCCACCGGCGGUUGCUCCAUGACGACUGGCGCGGCGUCGGCGAACCCCUCAACGAGGUGUCCGGGGUGUUCCCGCUGGGCCUGGUGGUCCGAGGCCGCCUCCUCCUCUCCCUGACUCCGCCCGCCCUCGCGGCCGACGCCCACCGGCCCCUGGCCCAGGAGAACGUGCUGCAGCCCCUGCUGUCCUUCACCGAGGGGGGACCCCCGCCUGGAUCUCUGCUGGAGUUCUCAGGUCUCCAGGCUGCACUGCCCCCUGCAGUCCACCUAUUGACACUGAGCCAGUGGGGGCAGGACUCCCUGCUGAUCAGACUGGAGCACCAGUUCCAGACCAAGGAGAGCAAGGAGCACUCAGUACCCUUUACUGUUAACCUGCAGAAAUUAUUCUCCACGCUGAAAGUGGUGGGAGUGUCCGAGCUGAACCUGUCAGCCAAUCAGUGGAUAGAUGAGAUGAAACGUCUGGACUGGAGGCCAAAGAUGGCCGCGAAGCCCCUGCGGAAGCCCCUGGGAGACCCCUCUAUGUGGGAGGUAAUCCUGACACCCAUGCAGAUCCGGACCUUCAUCCUCAGAGUCGCACCCCGCCGAUAGCCAACGCCCCCGACGAUGCAUGACCUGCCAAUCACCACUGCCUUUUAGAUAAACAUUGAGUCAAAUCGACCUGAUAGGGUGAUUUGACAGUCCAUCACCAUGUGUAGGAUCCCUGACUUUUUUAUGAAAUCACUUUUUUACUUUAUCGAUGAUAUGUAGAGGGAGAUCAAGUUUGAUUAUGUUCCUGUUGCACUGAAAUCUGAACACUUGACUGGUAACUUGUAAAUAUCUCUUGUUCUCGUAAACCAAAAAGGAACAUUUAACUUGGAAUGAAUAUUCAAAUCAUGUCAUUUUGUCCAUAGAAGUGUUUAGAGAAACACUCAGACAGACAACCUUAUCAGUAUUUCAAUGCCAACACAGUGUGACCAAAUGCUGUAGGAUCAUCUCAUCCAUCAUAUGUACCUGAUAUAUACAUAAUUUACGAUUUUAAAUCAACAUGACUGAAUAUAUCUCUUGUAUUUCCUUUUUCAAUGCCCUGUUUCUGAGAGUUCAGUAUGGGAACACCAACCCCCAAGCAGCUCUAUCUUCUCCACAGCACAUAUAAAACACGACAUCAUGCUUCGAUUAAGGGCUUUAUUAAACUGUCCCAACAGUCAAAAAAAAUUAAAAGCUGAAAACUCAGACCCAAUGUGAUAUAGAUAUCAUGGUAAAGCAUUUGCAUCGGUCCGAAUCCUGAUAUGAAUAUCAUCACAGCACUGUCUGCAUUCACCAACACCUGUACAUGAUUUGCGUGGUUCAGUCAGUCUUGUUCGCGUCCUUCAGCUCCGGGUCGUGGGAGUAGCAGCAUUUGUCUCCAUGUGUGCAUAUGCCCUGAGAGCGGAGAAGUGAGAUGAGGUAAACGUGUCACUCCCUCAUCUCUUAAAAAGGUACAGUUUCCCUAGCUCGCUAUACUGCUAGGUUAGCCAGAAAUAAUGAAUGAGCAAAAAUAGCCAGAUCCAAAACUAGAUGGUUUAACUUUGCUGAUGAUCAUUGGCAUGGUUUGAGUUUCUCUUGCAGGUCUUUCAGAGUCAAAGCCAUUUACUCAUAUCAUUUGGAUAAUUCCUGUUCUCCAAGUUCUUGCAAGCACAAAGAAUCUGCAUAUAGAGAGAAUCAUUUUGUAAUCAAGUCCACAACCCCAAACAAGUGAAUGAGGAUUAAUUCAGAGUUAACUUGAGGUUUUUAAAAGUAAAUAAUUAGAAAAUGAGUCACUGGUAACAAUGUGAACACAUGAAAGAAGCAGGCACUGGAAUAACCUCUGAUCUGAUUCAAGAGUGGUUUCCUAAUUCCUCAUGGCGAUAUUCUACUGAAAAAUAAAAUUGCUUUGCUCUAUUGGAUGAAGCUUUCAGACAGGGUUUUAUAAUAUUUCUACAGUGCAAAGUCUCAACGGUGUAGCUUUAAAACGUUGAAACCCUUUUACAGUUUACUACGGCUGGCCGAGUUUGUGUUCUCUAAAUAGCCAAUUAGGCGCCGACAGAUCACCGCCUCCGGCAACAUGAUUGAUUGAAACCAAUAUGAAGCUAAAUAAAAACACGCCCCUUCACCCAGAUUUGAACUUCUGCCUUUAUGUGGG